CACGUGCACUAUAGACCCACCCCGGACCAAGCAGUGGUUGGAAGGACAGUAGAACGUGCUGAAUUGGCAGCAUGGGCUGUUGCUCAAACCGUUCGCCCACCGCCAAGCGGUUGUGGGCAGUUGGUGGAGCAGUCGGAACGUGUGUGUUUGCGAUCGCGCUCGGUUUCCUGUGGCCCGCAUUGAUAUGGAGCAUCGCCAAGCAAGAGUUUGUGUUGGAACCGGGCACCGAGGUGUAUAAGAACUGGAUCGAUCCACCAAUCGAAACGGAGCUUCAAAUUUACCUGUGGAACUGGACGAAUGCGCAGGACUACCGGCAGGGAGAGAAUUACAAGCCUCAUCUGGAGCAGCUGGGACCGUACACGUUCAUCGAGAUCCACGAGCGCGCCAAUCUGGAGUGGAAUGACAACUAUACUUUAACGUUCCAACAGCGACGCAUCUGGCAGCCCGUGCCAGAGAAAACGGUCGGGAACUAUGAAACCGAUCGUGUCGUCACAAUCAACCCGGUGUUGGUGACUGUCGGUUAUGCGCUACGCAAUGAUCCAUUGCUACCGUUUGUGGAUGGAAUAAUCAUGCUCAACAACCUCAUCACCAGCCCCUUCUACGAUGUGCCCGUCCGGGAGAUGAUCUUCGAUGGUUACGAUGAUCCACUGCUUCGAUCCCUGUUGCUGCUGUUAGAACAAAUUCCUGAAGAUCAGCGUCCAUCGAUCAAGCUGCCACCAUACGAUAAAUUUGGCUGGUUUUACGGACGGAAUGGUAGCGAAACGUACGACGGUACAUUCCAGGUAGGCACCGGAGCGGACCACGUGCAAAACACUGGCGUAAUGCGGCUCUGGAAUGGCGCGAACCGCACCGAAUACUAUCCCGGUGCUUGUGGAACGAUCCGUGGGACGACCGGUGAGGUGUGGCCACCGUUUGGCCGAUUGCGAGGCACUCCACCGAACGUGACCGUGUUUGCACCGGAUGUGUGCAGUUCGGUGACGCUGCAGUACCUGGACGAGGUGGAACGGUAUGGAAUUGCGGGACUGCGCUGGAUCGGUAACGAUCGUAUGUUCGACAAUGGGGUACACUACGAGGAAACCGCUUGCCAGUGUACGGCACCCGAAGAGGAGUGUCCCGUGCUCGACAACGGGGCGAUGGAUGUGUCGGAGUGCAAAUUCGGUGCACCGGCCACGAUCUCGUACCCGCACUUCUAUCUGGCGAACGAUAGCUAUCAUGCCGACAUUACCGGCAUGCAACCCGAUCCGACCGAGCAUCGGUUCGAGAUGGAACUAGAACCAUACACCGGUGUCCCGCUGAGCGUUAGGGCCCAGCUACAGGUCAACCUUCAUACGCGAAACUACGGAUUAACACUACUACAAGGCAUACCCACGGUGAUGUUACCCGUGCUUUGGUUCCGCCAAACGGCUGCCCUUACGGACGAGCUAGCCGAUGACAUCAAGAUCAUUCUCAUCCUACCGUAUAUCGGCGUGUAUGUCGCGUACGGAAUUGGUGCUAUUGGUAUUGUCGGUUUGAUAUUGGCAAUCUACUUCUCCGUCACGCGCUGGAAGCUAGUACGGCCGGACGAGCUGCCGCCGAAGGAGAUAGGCCAGUAA